GCCGGCUCGUCAUCACAAGUUCGUUUAUUCUUACGCUAGCUAACACUUCCGUUUUUUUCCUCAAACCUGGACCAUCUAUUUUCUCCACAGACAGAGCACAUAGCACGAACCCUAGCUAGCGGAAGACCUCAGAGCUCAGAUCGAUCGAUUCUUCUCCUUCAGAGAGCAAGAACCCUAGCUACGACCUCAGAGAUCGAUCGAUUCUUCUCCUCUCUCGAUCGAAGACGAGGCCGCCUAUUCCAUCAGGAAUCCUUGGUCGAACCGAGUAAAGGUGCAUAUCAGAAAUCCCAUGAUUCAGUGGCCCUACACAGAUAUCUAUUCGCACCUACCUCUUCUAUCAAUUCCUUCCUCUUUGUCACACAAUUCUUUCUGGGAUCCAUCUAUUGUUUUCGGCCUUUCAAAUCCUUUAAUUUGCAGCACCCGUUCCUUGAAGCUUUGGUUAAGCACAGGUUACGCAUUGUAGAAGAAGCAGAGAGCAUCAACAACCUUGACCUUCAGGUCAUCAUGGAAUUUCAAGUAAGCUGAGUGUGUUUGUUGAGGCUCUAGUUCUGCCAUGGGAUCUGCAUAUCUCUGAUAAUGAUGAAGAUAACCUUACUGACAUAAUGAUAGAUCAUGAGAAAUAUCUUAGUGGAACUUUACCUCACGCAUCACCUGGAAAAUGUAAUGAUUCAAGCUGUAUCUCAGAAUUUCUCUGUCUUGUUACUGGUAGAAGAGAUAAUUCCCAUUGCAAGGGAAAGCUGCAAUGCCACCAUGCUGGUGUGAUGUUUGGCUGUUCUCAACCUGAUAUGAAAAAGGCAUUAUUGGAAUUCACCUAUGAUGCAUUUUCUGUGUAUGAGGUGCAGCACUGCACUGGGCUUCCAAAAUAUGAUGGUUGUUGUAUCUAUAUUGGGACACCUCAAAAUAAGGACUACUUCCUCUGUGCAGAGACCCCAGUUGCGCAGCUAGAGCUUGGGUUAUUGCAUGCUCCAUGUGAUUCGUACUACUACGUAAGAGAGCUCUUUACAAUGACAUGUCUAGGAUUUGAAAAAAGGGCUGGAGAAGCUGAAAGACUUUGAUCCAGAAAGUGCUUCAGUGUUGAUGAAUGAUGCUGCUAUGAAGAUUUGAUGAUGUGAAGGCGAUGUGUACUUGUGAAGUGGUGUAAUCCGUGUAGGCGACUCACUUUUUGGGACUAAAUUGUGUAGUUGCUUAGAAUGCAAAAUUUAACAACAAUAUAUAUACUUGAAUUUGAAUUGAAUAUUCUACUUUAAGCGUUCAAUUUAUAGUUUG